UGGCAGAUCCCCGUGUCCGUCACACGCGGAUCCCUCCUCCUUAGGAGGGAUUUCAGGGGCUUUCCAUGGCUACAGCCUCCAAGGACAAACAGCCCCCCAAAGCCCCCGAGCCCCGGCCAUGAAGCUGCUGCUGGGGAAAAGACGGAAGGAGAGGUUUCGGUGGGAAGCAGGUGAGCGGAGCUGAAGGGAUCGCUCCAUCCCGCCCUCCAGACGGCCCCCAAAAAAAUUGGAUUCAGAGGGUUUAGAGGAGCUGCACAGCCGAGCGGCGCCGGCGUCCUGCUCCCACCGCCUCGGGCAUCGCCUCCUCUCCGUCUCCUUCGGCCUCCUGCGGGAUUUAAACCUUUUAUUCGCCUCCUCGACCUCCGACAACCCUCGGCAAUAAAUGAGGGAGCAUAAUGCUGAACAGCAUCACCGAUGGGCUCCUGUGCUGCCUCAUGGGCAAAACCACCAACGCCGUGGGGCCGCUGGACAGCGUUGAGUCCGGCGACGGCUACAGCUUCGUGGAGGUGAAGCCGGGGCGGAUCCUGCGGGUCAGGCACAGCGUUCCCGCCCGCCCGGCCCCGGAGGAGCCCGAGGAGGCACAACCCGGGGCGCCGGAGCGGGGGGUGGUUCACUGCAAGCGCAGGAUCACCCUGUACCGCAACGGGCAGCUGGUGAUCGAGAACCUGGGCGACGCCGUGCGCUCCGAGAUCCUGCCCUGCCCCGGCGGCGCGGCCGAGCCCGGCGGCACCGUGGAGCUGGAGCUGUCCGAGGCGGCCGGCCAGGCUCCGGCCGGGACGCCGGGAUGCGGCGCCCGGGACGCGGCGCCCGGGAAGCGCCGCAAGCGCAAGCCCAAGAAGGUGGUGAACAUCGACUGCAGGAAGCGGAUCACGAGCUGCAAGGGGACGCACGGCGACGUGGUGCUGUUCUUCAUCCACGGCGUGGGCGGCUCCCUGGACAUCUGGAAGGAGCAGCUGGACUUCUUUACCAAGCUGGGCUACGAGGUGGUGGCCCCGGACCUGGCGGGGCACGGCUGCAGCUCGGCCCCCCAGAUUGCCGCCGCCUACACCUUCUACGCCCUGGCCGAGGACAUGAGGGCCGUGUUCAAGCGCUAUGCCAAGAAGAGGAACAUCCUGAUAGGACAUUCCUACGGGGUGUCCUUCUGCACCUUCCUCGCCCACGAGUACCCAGACCUGGUCCAUAAGGUGAUCAUGAUCAAUGGUGGGGGCCCCACGGCGCUGGAGCCCAGCCUGUGCUCCAUCUUCAACAUGCCCACGUGUGUCCUGCACUGCCUGUCCCCCUGCCUGGCCUGGAGCUUCCUCAAGGCCGGCUUUGCCCGCCAAGGUGCCAAAGAGAAGCAGCUGCUGAAGGAAGGCAACGCCUUCAACGUCUCGUCCUUCGUGCUGCGGGCCAUGAUGAGCGGGCAGUACUGGCCCGAGGGGGACGAGGUGUACCACGCCGAGCUGGCCGUGCCCGUGCUCCUGGUCCACGGCAUGCACGACAAGUUCGUCCCGGUGGAGGAGGACCAGAGGAUGGCCGAGAUCCUGCUGAUCGCCUUCCUGAAGGUGAUCGACGAGGGCAGCCACAUGGUGAUGAUGGAGUGCCCCGAGACGGUGAACACGCUGCUCCACGAGUUCGUCCUGUGGGAGCCCGAGACGCCAGCUGGGGACGGGCACGGGGAGAAGAAAUAAGGCAGCGGGACACGGAGACCGGGCUGCUCCCAUGGGAGAGAUGUUUCGGAGCGCAGAGGGGUUUGUGAGAGCGGAGGGGCUCCGGGGGCUGCCCUCGUCGGGAGCGCAGCCCGUUUGGUUUCCCGGCCGUGCCGGAGGUUGGAGGGGGAGCAGGGAGGCUCCCCCAGGGCAGGGAGUGCAGGGCCGGCAGCGGGAACACGGCAGACCUGGUCCCCACCCCCGCGGGGACGGCGCCGGAGCGUCUUCAUCCUGUUCCUUUGUAGUGUUAUUUUCCUCACGCAGCGACACCUCCGGGGACUGGUCCCACCCGCGGCAGAACGGGAAGGACUCGCAGGGGCUCCAGGAGGGCGGGAGGACCUGAGCUGGGAUUGCUUUAAAGGGGAAGCCAAAGUCUCUUCGGCCUCAGCAGCGGGAUGUGCCUCUCGAGCCACCCGGGAGGAUGGGACAGCCACGACCCGGCUUCGAGGGGCUCCUCGUGGAUGGCAGCAGCUCCUGCACAGAGGAUGAGGAGGUGUCCUGCCUCCGUGGGCACGGCCAGGACCGCGGUGGGACCGGCCUGGCUGUGGCAGGGCCGAGCCUGAGCUCUCCCACGUCCCCCCCGCGGUCCCGCCUCCAUCGCUUCAGGUCCCGCAGCGCUUCCGCAGAGCCCCCGCUCCCCCUCCCGCUGCCGCAGCCCCCCCGGAGCCACCCCCACCUCCCCAGCUCCUCCUCGGCUCCGGGACCCACCACAAACUCCCCCUGGGAUCACCCCCGUCCCCCGUGCGCUGGGGGAGCAGCAAUACCCCGUCCCGUGGCCGCUGUGUCCGUCCCUCCCGACGGCUCCCGGACGGAUCCGCAGGGUCUCGGAGCAACACGGGAGCGAGGAAGCGAACCAGGACCACCUGAUCCCAACAGACACCAUCACUGACACUGUUCUGUACAUAACCCGUCACCUCCCACCCCUGUGCUUCCCAUCCCGCUGCCGGGAGCUGGGCGGGGCGGAGGAGGUACCCAGGAAGUGCCAUCUCAGCUUCCCGGGGCUCCUGGAAAACCGGGAGGAUGCUGUUCCCGGGGACAGGCCCAGCGUCGCCCGCCCCGCUCCCGCUUUGUUUGCCCCUCACUCCCCCCAUCUAAACCAAAGAAACGACGAGUCCCGCGGAAACCUCGCCCUCGGCCCCCAUCCCACCAGGCCCCCGUGCCCUGAACGGGGCUGGCACCGCACCGAGGCACCCCCGGGGGGCUCAGGGGGGUCCUCCUGGGCAGGGCUGCUCCCAACAGAUCUGGGAUCACCCUGCAAAGCACCUUCCCCGGGGCUGAGCCCACCCUUGUCCCCAAAAUGAGGGAUGUGGAAGAGGAAGGGUCCAUCAGACCCCGAGUGACGUGUCCCCUGCACCCCCUCUGCCAGUGCCUGCCCUUCCCACUGCUGUCUCAUAAUGAGAAUUUUAAGCCCCCUGGGUUCAGAUCAUCUCCCUCUGCCCCCUCCCACCCCGUCCAGCCCAGGGAGACCCCCCCCCCAGCACACCCCGGGGCUGCAGAGGGUGCCCAGAAACGCCACCAAACGUCCCCCCAGACACGGCUCUACCCCCGCCGUGCCCCCCCCUCCCCGGCCAGCCAGGGGGUCGCAGCUCUGCCAGCUCUGUCCCCCACGGGCUCUGUCCCCACAUCGCUUGUUGCUAAAGCCGAGGCAAACGCACACGGAACCCGCCGCCGACGCCGCGUUAGUGCCAUUCCACCCAGUAAAGCCGUGCUACAGCC